UUGAAUACUUUAUACGAUCAUUUGUAAUGGAUUGGUACAAGAAACUAUUUUGUAAAAGAAGCAAUGUUCCUGUGGAUGAUAAUUUGGAAACAUCCUUUGAGAGAAGAAGCCGGUGGAGAAGUAUCUAUGUAAUUUAUUUUACCAUGUUUCUUAUGUCUCUUGGUUUCAGUAUUGUAAUUACAGGAGUAUGGCCAUAUCUUGGGAAGUUAGAUAGUGGCGCUGGUAAAGAAUUCAUGGGAUAUGUUAUUGCAGCAAAUCCUUUGGGACAAAUGUUAUUUUCUCCUUUAAUAGGAUGGUGGGCAGACAAAAGAGGAUCUAUAAGAAUUCCACUUUUAUCAACAUUAGCUUUGUUCAUAUUAGCAUCAGGAAUGUAUAGUAUCCUUGAGAUUAUACCAGGUGAUCGAAAAAUAUACAUGAUAGCUGCUAGAUUUUUGGUUGGAGUUAGUUCUGCAAAUAUUGCAGUAGCAAGGUCUUAUUUAUCAGCAGCUACAAAAUUUGUAGAAAGAACACAUGCUGUUUCAAUGGUAUCUCUUGCUCAGGUGUUGGGAUUUGCGGUAGGUCCUAGUUUACAAACUGCAGUUACACCCCUUGGAGAAGAUGGAGUUUAUUUUAUAUUUUUACCUAUUAAUAUGUAUACUAUGACUGGUUGGAUAAAUGUUAUAAUGGGGAUUCUUAAUUUUGUUUUAUUCCUUCCAUGGAAUUUCACAGAACAUCGGAUUGCUAUUCGUGAAACAAUGCGAAGUGAAGGAAAACAAACUGAGGAAGAAACAUUGAAGUCUAUAAAACCAGACAAUUUAGCUGCUUGGACAUUAAUUUGUGCCUUUUUUGUCUUAGUAUUUAAUUUUGUUCUCCUUGAAACACUUGGUACUGCUUUAACUAUGGAACAAUUUGCAUGGACUAAAGCAGAUGCAGUGUAUUAUGUGGGUGUGUUAAUGAGUAUCGGAGCUGUAGUGUCAUCCAUCACAUUUAUUAUGAUUGAACCUUUAUGCAAAAGAUUUAAUGAACGUAAAGUAAUGCUAUUGGGUGGUUUUCUAUCUAUGAUAAUAGGAAGUAUUUUAUAUAUCCCAUGGGGACCGGAUCCUCCGAAAAUUGCUUACUUAGGACCAUUCGGUAACAUUACAAAAGAUUCCAAUGGUACAGAAAUUGUAGGAUGCCCAAGUACUCAAGAAUGGUGUACUUAUACACCACAACUUACAGUCACACAAUUUCUUAUUGGGUAUGGAUUUACAACUAUAGGGUAUCCAUUAGGUGUUACUUUAAUACAAACAAUCUUCAGUAACGUACUAGGACCUCGUCCACAAGGUGUUUGGAUGGGUUUUAUGACAGGUGCUGGAUGCGCUUCUCGUGUCUUGGGCCCAGUAUUCAUUAGUUUAAUUUAUACUCAUUUUGGAACAUAUUAUACAUUCGGUAUUACUGGUUUUACAUUAAUAGUAUGCAUGUUAUGGUUACAACUGGUAAACAAGCGAUUAGUUCCAUUAAGACCAAUACUGUCGAAAGAUGCGGAAAUUCCUUUAGUCCAUCUUAAAACUAACGAUGCUCAAGAGUUAAAUGAUGCAUAA